AUGUCUCGACGUUAUGACUCACGGACAACCAUCUUCUCCCCAGAGGGUCGGCUCUAUCAGGUCGAAUACGCCCUAGAGGCUAUCUCACAUGCUGGCACUGCUCUCGGCAUUCUAGCCAAGGACGGCAUCGUCCUUGCUGCAGAAAGGAAGGUGACCAGCAAGCUGCUGGAGCAGGAUACCUCAGCCGAGAAGCUGUACACCAUCAACGAUAACAUGAUCUGCGCGGUCGCUGGAAUGAACGCCGAUGCCAAUAUCCUCAUCAAUUACGCCCGUCAAAACGCCCAGCGCUACCUCCUCACCUACAACGAAGACAUUCCCUGCGAACAGCUAGUGCGCAGACUCUGCGAUUUGAAGCAAGGAUAUACUCAACACGGAGGUCUCCGCCCGUUCGGUGUCUCUUUCAUCUACGCUGGCUGGGACCAUCUGCGACAGUUCCAAUUGUACCAGAGCAAUCCCAGUGGUAAUUAUGGCGGGUGGAAGGCCACAAGUGUUGGCGCCAACAAUGCCAGUGCGCAAAGUUUGCUCAAGCAAGACUACAAGGAGGACUCUACUUUGCAGGAGGCAUGCGCCAUGGCUGUCAAAGUCCUCAGCAAGACGAUGGACUCGACAAAGCUGAGCAGUGAAAAGAUCGAAUUUGCAACCGUUGGGCAGACCAAGGAUGGCAAGAUUUACCAUCACUUGUGGACAGCUGACGAGAUCGACGCCCUUUUGAGAGAACAAGGGCUGGCCAAAGUGGAUGACGAGCCCGAGGCCGGAGAAAUCAAAUAG